AGUGGUUUAUCGUAAAAUUUUGGUCGGAGAAGUAAGCAAGAAAACGGCAAAGCACCAUUAUCACCGAGCCAGCAGUUAAGGUAAGGUAUUCACUGCCCGCCGCAUAAGAGAAGCAGAGAUACGAAAAUGGUGUCACCGCACGGCGUCAAACUCGCCGUUUAUCUCAUCUCAUCUUUCUUCGGCGACCACAACGCUAAAGUAAUCGAGUGUCUGUUGAACAGAGGAACCCUAACUUUAGCGCAGAUUCUGCGCUUCACUGAGCUUAGCAGAGAGAAUGUACGGAGCUGUCUACUUGUGUUGAUUCAUCAUAAUUGUGUUCAAGCCCUUGCUGUUCAACAAGAAGGUGCUUUUGGGGAUGCCCCGAAAGUUAUAACUCAGUAUAUGGCAUUGUUUGAUAAUAUAAUUCAUAGAAUGAGGUUUCCAAAGUUUAUAGAGAUGGUUUCCCAGGAGCUCGGUAAAGAAUGUGAAGGGAUAUUUGAAGGGUUGCUUCAACAUGGCAGGCUUUCUCUCAAUCAAAUACUGGAUAGGCACAAGCAGAUGGCAAGUCAAGGAGAUUCUGGUAAGGAUGCUGCACUAGAUAGUUUCAAAAGCCUUGUUAAUGCUCGAUUUGUUGAACGCUGCCCAGCUCCUGAACCAUUUAUUGCACCACCUUCUGAAGAUGAAACCCCGGCUAAGAAACGAGGUGCAAAAGCUGGCAAGAUGGCUGAAGUGACUAUAGAGCAACGGGCUUUAGAAGCAGCAGCUCCUAUGGAAUCAUUAAGAUUCUUGGUUGAAGCAGACAGUUGGAAUGAUGCUUCUGAUAAAGAAAGCAACAAAAAGACCAACAAUAUAGCAGUUGGGGGAAAGCGCAAGCUAGAUGAGAGUGAGCUAUUGGCGAAAGAUGAAAGCAAAGUUCUUUGGCGUGUUAACUUUGAAGAGUUUAUACGCCGCGCAAGGCAUAAGGCUUGCAUUGCAAAUGUGAAAGCACGCCUUAAUGAUGAAGCUGCUAUUGUGCUCGAUGCAAUUCUAGAACUGAGUAGAAGUUCUGAGACCAAAGUGAAAGUUGAUAAUUCAGCCUCACUAUCCAUAAAUUCAAUUUAUGAUGGUGUCAUAAAGAAAGAAGGUGGUCUUGGUAUGGAUUUUGAACGUAUUAGAGCUGCCCUUGUCCAACUGGGUUGUGAUGUUCCUUUGAUUCCAAUAGAUGAAUCAUAUAGUAUUGAUCUGAAGAAUAUUAUUGAACUGGCUAGAACUGAAGAGGUAGAGCCCAUUGUAUUGAAAAGGUAUGGAAGAGAGGCCUAUAGGAUGUUCAGGUUAUUGUCAAAAGCUAGUCGGCUCUUUCUAACUGAUGAGGUUUCAGACGCCACAUUUGUUGAAAAGAAAGAUGCAGUCAAGAUUCUACUUGGACUCUGGAAGGAUGACUAUGUGGAGAUGAAGAAAAUUAUUGUGCGUGGAACUAGUCAAUCAGAACAAAUGCUGUGGAGUGUAAAUAAACAGUCACUUACGAAACAUGUCCUGGAUGAAAUGUACCAUGCUGCAUUGAAUCUGAGAUUGCGAAUCACACAUGAAAUAGAACAAGAAAAAGAGAUUCUUCAGAUGCCUAGAGAAAAGCUUACAGGGGAACUGUCAAUUAAGUACAAGCGGUUGAUGAAAGUGAGGAUUGCCCUGGAGUCUGCCUUGAUGAAUCUUGAUGAUGCUAUUAUGGUCUUCCAUGACUUUUAGUGUUGCUCUCAAAUUUUGUCUUAACAUUAUUCUCUUCCUUCGAGUUUAACGAACGUUGUACAUGCUUUGUUUGAUUGAUUGUCUCUCUCAACUAAUGAUUUAUUUAGCUACCAAGUGUACCUACCAUGUUUGAUACUCUUGUGAGUACAAAUGAAUAUACUUUACCCA